AAUUUUUUUAAUAGUUUUUAUUAUAAUGGGAUUGGAUUUAUAGUUUAAAAAUGAGAUUAAUUGAGGGUUCUUAGAAUUUUUAUCAUCUGCAGCAAUUACUCCUUCAGCAAACUGAAACCAUAAAAAGUAAUUUAUGUGUAUUCGUAUAUUUUUAGUUUUCAUUAUUGUUUAAUGUGGCUCAUUAUUUUCAGGUAAUGGAAAAGGUGGAGAAUCAAUUUAUGGUGGAUAUUUUAAAGAGAAUGUGGUCUUUUGCAAAAUGAAAAGGUAAGAGAACGAAGCUCAGUAACACAAACUCCAACUCUGUUCCCUUGCACCCUUCCUAAUAAAUUUAUGGACAGUCUGGGUCAGGUUGUGGCUGGAUUUCUUAUAUUGCUUGAAGACUUGGAAAAUUCUGUAUGCUGUUUCAUACAUGCAUCUGUAUCUUUUUCUUUUCCCAAUGGGUUAUUAUUUCCACAUCAGGGAAAGGAAUCUAGUUCUGUUUUUUUUCCUCUAAACCAAGCAGUUUCUUUGAGUAAAAGUUGGUAUUUCUUCCUCUCUCAAAGGUUUGUAUGUUUUCUUUUGUAUGCUAGAACUAUAUGAUUGUGUUUUAUUCCUACGGUAGUAUUUGCAUAAAUCUAACUAUUGCACUUGCCCCAAAAAGCCUUAGAAAAGUCAGUUGCAGAAAUUUAUAAUGGGAUCCAAUAUUACUAGGUUUUAAUGCCAUGAUAGCUUCAGUGUUAUAAUAGUCUUUUAUAUUUCUUUUGGGGGAAAAUGGAUUACUACUCUUUUUCAGAAGCCUGUUCCCAAGGUAAUCUUUUUUUUAAAGUUUUCUAUGUUUCUGUUUGUUUUAAAGAAAGAUUUGUUUGUAUGAAUGUUAAAAGGAAAUUUAAAUUAGUUUUCAGGGUAUUUCUGCUGAAAUUAACUCCAACUCUAAGUGAUCUUUAUGACAGAGUUUUUCCUUUGAACUGGUAAAAACAGCUCUUUAGCUGAUUAGCAUGUAGCAAUUUGAAACUAAUACCGUAGGUCACUUUAAUGUGAUUGUUCUCUGUGGCAGAUACUUGUAUAUCUUAAAAUUGUAUUUUGCCAUUUAAAAUUUUGUAUUUACAGGAUUUUCUUCCUUAGAUAAUUUUUGAUCCUGUUGAUUAGAAAGAAGCUACGUGAUUUAAUUUAGGCAUGUCCCUACAGCUUAACUUACUGUAAUAUUUUGGUUUUUGAUUUCAUAGUCAAGCAUCAAUUCAACUGAGUAAUAAAUUUACCAUAUAGAAAUUAAGCACAUAAGAGGAUUAUUAAACUCCCAUGUAUAGUGCAUUAUGCAAGAUAAUUGGAAAUUUGGAGGAAAUGAACUUUACUAUAAAGAUUUUUCUAAAAUUUCCUUGCUAGUUUUCCCUGAAAGUUAAUAGUUUAAAUAUCAUUUAGCCAAAGUAUGUUACUACUAAAAGUGACUGUUCUAAGGCUGUUUGUAUAAAGUAUUAAAUAUAUGUUCUUUUCCUCAAGGCUAAGUAGUAAAUAAGUAGUAUUUUUUGUUUUUGUUUUUUAUGCUUUUGUUAUUUGAUUAGUUAAAAGAAUUUUUUUUUCAAAAUAGUCAGUCAAGUAUCUGUACUGACCAGAAGAGGAAUUUCAUCCUUUGCUUUCUAUUUAUUACUUUGAACAUUGCACUUUAAAAGUAACUUAUAAUUGGAGACUGACAAAUUUGUGUUUUCUUCAAACAGAUGAAAACUUUAUUCUCAAACAUGACAGAGCGUUCCUUUUGUCAAUGGCAAAUCGAGGGAAACAUACCAAUGGUUCCCAGUUUUUCAUAAAGAGUGUUACACCGUGCGCUCCAAAGGUAAUGUCUCAUUACUCUAAGGCUCUCUCUUUUUCUUUCUUUGCCUUUAUCUCUUUAAUUCUAUUGUUAUGUGCAUUGAACCAUUUUAAGAAAAAAAACUUUCUGCUUGAUCUGUGGCAGCAAUACAUGUAAAACAAGUGUGUUUUAUUGUUUAUGGUUAAUCCUGGGAAGUAUAAUUUUAAUUUCAGUGGCUUGUUACCACCAAGUUCCCACACAUCUUGCAGGGUGGGGUAUAUUGUAUAUAAUGAUUUAGAUCUCAUUUCAGUACAGAACUAUUAAUUUCUGCAUAAGGCCAAAAGCUGUUUUGAUAAUGGUAAAAAAAAAUGUAGAUCAUUUUUUGGAGUAACAGUGAUACUUUUCAGUUUCUAGGAUUUACAAGGUUUAAAUGAACCCUUGUGCAUGCAUUUUUAAAGCAGAUUCAGAGCUGAGGGAAACUAGAAAAUCAGUGUCUGAGUAACAGGAGAAAAUGGAAAUGUGAAAAUAUUGAAAGCUUUUCUAAUUUGAAAUAUUCUUGUGGUUGUUUCUCCUUUAGGUAUGUUUUCAUAAGCAUGUAUAAACUUACUUAUUUGUGAUAGUCUUUCACCUUAAGGUCUUAACUGAGCAUAUGUUACCACUGCAUGAGUCUUUACAACUUUAUAGUUCUGAAACAUCAGCACAAUUAAGAGUUGGUGGGAUGAGAUUUCUUUGUCCAUUUUAGUAGAAUUGAAUGGCUUGGACCGAGCAUAUCAUUUCCCCCUGCCCAUCAGCCCAGUGCCAGCAAGCCUGCUUCCCCUGGAAUUUCUACUCUUAGAAUGUGGGCUGAAUGGGGAUUUAUGUAUAAAUACAGCUGAUUCACUUUGUUGUACAGCAGAAACUGGCACAACAGUGUAAAGCAAUUAUACUCCAAGAAAGAGCUAAAAAAAAAAAAAAAAAAAAAAGGCCUGCAAAUGUGAACAACUUAUUUCUAAAUUUAGGUUUAUAUGUUUGAAUAAUAUAAUAAAAUUUAAAUUAAAAAAAUAUAUAUAGGCUGAGAACCCCAGGGGGCUUCUUUUUGUUAAGAUACUUUCAGUAUUCUUAUUAUGUAGUCUAACCCAGUUAAAGCAUAAAUUUGUACUUCCGCAUCCUGAAUUGCGGAUGUGAGUAAUGGACUCAGUUAUUCACACCAGUUUAGGCACAGUGGGCCAGUUGAAAUUUGUCCUUGAAAGAAUUGCUUGUCUUCAUUUGUUUUCUUCACUACUGCACUAAAGGACCAAGUUUGUCUUCAGUUUUCAUUUGAAUUAAAAACAAAACUUGAAUCCAUCAUAAAGGGUCUGUCCUCAAAUUGAGUUUCAAGUGUUAUGUUGCUGCAUCACUGCAGUCAGCUCAGAUGUUUUAAUCUCACCAUUUGCUCCAAAGGUUUGCCCUAGGUGGUUUUCACAGCACUCCUGUUAGCCAGGGUGCAAGUCCAUUUGGGUUCUUUGUGUUUUAAGAAAAUCGGUAGGCUUUUCCCCAAUACCAGAAUAUCAGAGAAUUGUGAGAGAAAGGACCAAGGAAGAGUUAUAUAUCUAAUCAAUAAAUCAUUGUUUUCACUGCUACAUGUUGAGGCUGAUCCCUUAUAUUGUAGAACAUUUUUACCUUUAAAUUUUUUACCUCUUUCCAUCUUUCACACAGUGGAAUCACUGUCUAGCGUAUGUACUAAUUUCUUACUAUCUUUACUGUGCUUGGUAAAGUUUUGUAAUUAUGGGAAGCACAUGUCUAUCUUAAAGUUACUGUCCAAGGUAGUUUCGGGAUGCUAGUUUCAUGAUUUAAGCAUCAGUGCCUCACCAGUUUGCUAGGUUUUCUUUUUCUUCUUUCUUCUGCCUGUUUUUAUUCAUUUUUACUGUUACAUUGGCUUAAACUACCACUUCUCAAUCUUGUAGGGAAACUUUGACACUAGUGGUUUUAAAACUCAAGAUUCCUUUUAAAAUUCUGGUACUUCUUGAGUUGAUAUUUAAUUUUUAAAAACUAAAUUCUGUAUUGUUUUUACAGAACUGAAUAUUCUUAAUGUAAAUUUAAGUGUUUACAUCUCCUGGUAGAAUAGUGAUUUUUAGCAUUGUUAUGAAGGUUAAAAUUGUGUUUUACUGACUUACAUUUCUUAGAAUUGCCUUAAAAUGAGUAUAAAAAUUGAUAUGGGAGCUUCUAGUACAGUUUACUGCCUUAACAUGGCCUGAUAAUCCAGUGACCUUUCUCUCGAAUACUAUUUCUGUUGUAAACUAAGAUGUUUGUGAUAGAUACUUCUGAGACUAGUUAUCUGCUUUUGAAUUUUUUCCCACUGUAAUUCACAUAGUCUGAAGAUCUGGGAAAGUGCUGUGGGAAAACUAGCUUGGGUUCAAAAUAUCUUAACCAAAUAUACCCCCAUAGACUUCCCAAGAGUGACUAUCUGCCUGUUUGUGACUGUAGAAGCAGCCGGUUGGGUGUCUUCUGGGCCGUGGAAAUUUCAUGUGUCUAUAAUGUUAUCGAUGAUUCCUUACUUUGCUGUCAGAGUGUUGGCAGAUUGAAGGUUUGCUCCCUACUGCAUUUUCAGAGUUGCUGUGAGUGGCAGAGCAUCACCUUAGAUGAAGGAAGAGGGGCAGGAAGUUCUGAAAACAGGACUCAUGAGGUCUACCUCCAUCUGCCUGCCUAAAAGAUGCAGACUGACUCAGUAUGAAAAAUAAUGAAUAGAAAAACUCAUUUAAGUAUGUAGGGCAAGUGUUAAGUGUUGAUCACACUUUUCCGUCCAUAAGCAAAUGGCUAGGUGUUUUUUAUUCUUGUUUAAUUAUCUUGAUAAAUUUUGAGUUUGUUUUUUUGUUAUUGUCGUUGUUUUGGAUUUGAGAGUAACUUUAAUUUUAAUGUAUAUUUAUGCUGUAUAUUUCAAACCUAUUUCACAUGUAUGUAUACAUAUAUAGUCUUCAUAUUGGAGAGAGCGAGAUGCAAGUUUGUAAUUCAUUAUAAUCUUGAGGGUUUUUUUUUAAUCAGUUAAAAUGACUAUUGCUGUUUUUAAGCUUAUUAAGUUUAGGUGUAUAUCAUGUUUAACUUUUUCCCCUAUCUUUUUAUCUUUACCUCUUUGUUCUCUACAUGCUGUGCUUUAAACCCUUCUGCUCUGUUCACCUGAACACCUGGUUUUUGCCAUCUUCUUUGUGUUGAUGUUUGUUACACAGUACCACAAAACCUGCUCCACACCUGGAUGGUUAUUUCCGGUUUUGAAGUGAUCGAACAAAUUGAAAAUCUGAAAACUGAUGCUGCAAGUAGACCUUAUGCAGAUGUUCGAGUUAUUGACUGCGGGGUGCUUGCCACAAAGUCAACAAAAGAUGUUUUUGAGAAAAAACGGAAGAAACCAACUCAUUCAGAAGUCUCGGAUUCCUCUUCCAAUUCCUCUUCCUCUUCAGAAUCAUCCUCAGAGAGUGAAAUUGAACAUGAGAGAAGCAGAAGAAGGAAACAUAAGAGGAGGCCAAAAGUGAAACAUUCUAAAAAGAGACGAAAGGAAGCAAGCAGUUCAGAAGAGCCAAGGAAUAAACAUAUAAUAAGCCCAAAAGGUCACUCUGAGAGGAGUGAUGCCAAUGAAAAAAAGUCUAUCGAUUCAAACACUAAAAGGGAAAAGCCUGUGGUCCGCCCAGAAGAGAUCCCUCCAGUGCCCGAGAACCGAUUUUUAUUGAGAAGAGAUAUGCCUCUUGUCACAGUGGAGCCUGAACCGAAGAUUCCUGAUGUUACACCCAUUGUAAGUGAUCAGAAACCAUCUGUAUCAAAGUCUGGACGGAAGAUUAAAGGAAGGGGCACAAUUCGCUAUCACACACCUCCAAGAUCCAGAUCCUGUUCUGAAUCAGAUGAUGAUGAUAGCAGUGAAACUCCUCCUCACUGGAAAGAAGAAAUGCAGAGAUUAAGAGCAUAUAGACCACCUAGUGGAGAAAAAUGGAGUAAAGGAGAUAAGUUAAGUGACCCCUGUUCAAGCCGAUGGGAUGAAAGAAGCUUGUCCCAGAGAUCUCGAUCAUGGUCCUAUAAUGGAUAUUAUUCAGAUCUAAGUACAGCAAGACACUCUGAUGGUCACCAUAAAAAACGCAGAAAAGAGAAAAAGGUUAAGCAUAAAAAGAAAGCUAAAAAGCAGAAACAUUGCAGAAGGCACAAACAGACAAAGAAGAGAAGGAUUAUUGUACCGUCUGACAUAGAAUCCUUAAAAUCUUCCACCCGACGGGUGAAGUCCUCAUGUGAUAGAGAAAGGAGAUCUCGCUCUUCCUCCUUGUCAUCUCAUCACUCGUCCAAGAGGGCCUGGUCUGAGUCGGACAAGGGUGACCAGAGCUCUUCAACCCGUUCCAGCAGGGACUCCUGUAGGUCAGAAUCUCACUCGCGGUCUUAUUCGAGAGGAAGCUCAAGAUCGAGGACUCCAUCAAAAUCCUCAUCACAUUCUCGAAGUAGAUCAAAGUCCAGAUCUAGUUCUAAGUCAGGGCACCAAAGAACAGCAUCAAAAUCACCAAGAACAGCCUCUCAGUUAAGUGAAAAUAAAUCUGUUAAAACAGAACCUUUAAGAGCAACAGUGACACAAAAUGAAAAUGUUGUAGUACAGCCAGUGGUGGCGGAAAAUAUUCCUGUAAUACCACUGAGUGACAGCCCCCCUCCUUCAAGGUGGAAGCCUGGGCAGAAGCCCUGGAAGCCCUCUUAUGAACGAAUCCAGGAAAUGAAAGCUAAAACAACCCAUUUGCUGCCCAUCCAAAGCACUUAUAGUUUAGCAAAUAUUAAAGAGACUGGUAGUUCAUCAUCCUACCAUAAAAGAGAGAAAAAUUCAGAAAGUGAUCGGAGCACUUAUUCAAAAUACAGUGAUAGAAGUUCAGAAAGUUCACCAAGGUCAAGGAGCAGAUCUUCUAGGAGUAGAUCUUAUUCCAGAUCAUACACAAGGUCUCGAAGUUUAGCUAGUUCACAUUCAAGGUCUAGGUCUCCCUCCUCUAGAUCUCAUUCACGUAGUAAGUAUAGUGACCGCUCACGGUGUAGUAGAUCAUCUUCAUACUCUUCUGUUAGCAGUGAUGAUGGAAGACGAGCCAAGAGAAAAUUUAGAUCCAGUGGGAAGAAGAAUAACACCUCAAAUAAAAGGCACAGCAGCAGCUCUGAAAAGACGCUUCGUAAUAAAUAUGUCAAAGGCAGAGACAAGUCUUCAUGUCAUAGAAAGUACAGUGAAAGCAGGUCAUCUUUAGAUUAUUCUUCAGACAGUGAACAGUCAAGUGUUCGGGUUACACAGUCAGCCCAGGAAAAAGAGAAGCAAGUCCAAAUGGAAAUGAAUAAUAAACAAGAGAAAAACAGAGAUGAAGAGAAAUCUAAGCCUGAACGGGAAUGCCCACAUUCAAAAAAAAGAACUUUGAAAGAAAAUCUUCCUGAUCACUUUAGAAAUGGCAGUAAGCCCAAAAGGAAGAAUUAUGCUGGCAGUAAAUGGGACUCUGAGUCAAAUUCUGAACAAGAUAUAACUAAAAACAGUAAAAAUAAUUCUCGUCCGUCUUCUGAUAAGGAGGAAGGUGAAGCCACUUCAGAUUCUGAGUCAGAUUUGGGUGACGUUCAUAUCAAAGCCAAACCCACCACUAAGUCUUCAGCAGAUACUUUACUGCCUGAUGGUAAUGGUGCCUGGAAAUCAAGCAAACAGCGGUCAUCAACCUCUGAUUCUGAGGGUUUCUAUUCCAAUUCAGAAAAUACUAGAGGGAAGCCACACAAGCAUAAACACAGCUCAAAGGAGCAUCUUAAAAGGGAACACACCAAAAAAGCGAAAGAGAAAUUGAAAGGGAAAAAAGAUAAAAAGCACAAGGCUCCAAAACGAAAACAAGCAUUUCACUGGCAGCCUCCACUAGAAUUUGGUGAAGAGGAGGAGGAGGAGAUUAAUGAAAAGCAAGUUACUCAGGAGGCAAAAGAGAAAAAACAAGUUUCUGAAAACAGUGAAACCAUAAAAGAUAAUAUUCCCCAAACUGAGAAGCCCUGUGAAGAUGGCAGCCUUUCAGAUAAACAUAAUCCAAUAACGGUCUCAUCAGAUAUUGAUCAGCCUACUAAAGAUGAUAGUAAACUCAGUGUUUCUCCCGCAGCUUUAAACACUGAGGAAAAUGUAGUCAGUUCUCCCCCGAACAUUCAGUCUAUUGAAGAGAGCCUCCCGAGCGGAGUGGAGGACAUGCUUCAAACAGAUGACAACAUGGAGAUCUGCACUCCUGAUAGGAGUUCCCCAGCAAAGGCCGAGGGGGCUUCCCCUGUAGGAAAUUCAAGGCUUGACACCCCGGAUGUAAGCAUUGUUCUAAAGCAGGAUAUGCCAACAGAGCAUCCUGAGGCAGAGUUGGGAAAACAGGAAAGCAGCAUGUCAGAAAGCAAAACGGUGGGCGAUGUGGGAAAACAGGACAGCAGCUCUGCCAGCUUGGCCAGUGCUGUAGAAAGCACUGUGAAGAGGGAGGUGGCUGAGAAAAGCCAGACCAGCCUCGUGGAUAAUAAAUGGAAGCCCCUGCAAGGUGUGGGGAACCUGGCAGCACCACCUACCACAUUGGGUGCUGUGGAUGUUAAGGCAUUGACUACUGUGCCUGAAAUGAAACCACAAGGCUUGAGAAUAGAAAUUAAAAGCAAAAAUAAAGUACGACCUGGAUCUCUCUUUGAUGAAGUAAGGAAGACAGCACGCUUAAACCGGAGGCCAAGAAAUCAGGAGAGUUCAAGUGAUGAGCAGACACCUAGUCGGGAUGGUGACAGCCAUUCCAGGAGUCCAAGUAGAUCUCGAAGUAAAUCUGAGACCAAAUCAAGACACAGAACAAGGUCUGUCUCCUACAGUCACUCAAGAAGUCGAUCGAGAAGUUCCACAUCAUCUUAUCGAUCAAGAAGCUACUCUAGAAGUCGGAGCAGAGGGUGGUACAGCAGAGGCCGCACAAGAAGCCGGAGUAGUUCCUACCGCAGUUACAAAAGUCAUAGGAUGUCCAGCAGGAGCAGAUCCAGGAGCAGCUCGUAUGAUCCCCACAGUCGGUCCAGCAGGUCCUACACUUAUGAUAGCUACUAUAGUAGGAGUCGGAGCCGAAGCAGAAGCCAGAGGAGCGACAGUUAUCACCGAGGCAGAAGCUACAACAGGCGGUCCAGGAGUUGUAGAUCUUAUGGCUCUGACAGUGACAGUGACCGAAGUUACUCUCAUCACCGGAGUCCCAGUGAAAGCAGCAGAUAUAGUUGAAAGUGUCCCCUUUUUUUGAUACAAAUUAUAUCUUAUUUGUAAAUAUCUGGUAACUUAAACGUUUAAGAAGCUUACUGGCAGUCUGUUGUUCUAUUUCAAUAUUAGAGAUGGAUUUGAAAAAUGGACACUUCUUAUUUGUUCAUUUACAUGUGCACAGAAUUUAAAAUACAGAUAUGUCUCCUAAAAAUAUUUGUAUGCCACAUUUUACAGUAGCCAACUAUGGAAAUGAAUUUCAUUUUCUUGAAUCAAGAAAUCAUGAAAUUUAGGUAUAAUUUGCAAUAUUAUUUUAGAUUAUUUCUCUCUAUCUCAUGUAUUUCUUAGAAUACAGUUUUUGCUCAUUUUUAAGGUUUUAGCAUAUAUGCUGCCAAGCAUAGAACUGUGAAGGAGAACUGUGAAAGGUGGCCAAAUACUUAUAUACCGAUUACACAGAAUCUUAUACAUGAGUGCUCUUAAAUACAAACCACCCAGAAUUGAUACUAACGGCAACCAGGAGUAUAAGGCAGUGGCUCUGGGGUUCUUAAUUCAUUCCUUACUUCUUUGUUCUCUCAGAGGAUCAGGAAAGUAGUCACUGUACAGCCCACUGUCUGUAUUAUUUCAGGCUGGCGGGUGAGGUUAAGAAGAAUAACUCAGCCUUAACUAUAAAUACCUGCACUGUCUCUAAAGCCCUAAUGUUUUAUGUGCUUUUUAAUAAAUACUAUCUAAAGUUCAGCUUGUAAAAAAACAGUUCUAUUCCAGUUUAUGCUUUGGUGCUUGGUACCUUUUGGUGCAUUAUUCUUAUAUACUACAGAUUAGAAUUCCAUCAGAGAGAGAAUUGAAUUUUUAAAAAACUCAUUGGCACCAAACAUGGUUCCUUCUAAGCUGUAUUCACUUUAAAUAUUUGGAGGGCUUCUCUCAAGCACAGGUGUGGGCUGGGGGGCCAUGGAGCAGGCAGGAUUGGCACGGGGUCCUGUGGCCACUCGGGUCUGCUGCACAGAACUGAUGCGUGUGCCCCUGGAAGAGCUGACUGGAGAAUGGACUUCAAAAGUAACACCAAGAUCUGCCUGCCACCAUCCUGGACACAUUUUGCUGGGCUCUACUUUUAAGUCUUUUAAGUAAGAGCAGUUGAACUCUUCUCAGUACCUGCCAGCAUGUUUCCCUGUUUCAGUGGCCUGCGCUGACUCAGUGAAGCCUUGUGUGAGAUGGUAAACUUAUGACAACAGACAGGGAAUUGGGAUGUGCAGUACUGCAUAGAUUACACAUUUUCACAGUCUUGGGUGGUUCCUGCAAAAAUUAUUUGACCUGUAAAAACUGGUGAGUUUUUUUUUUUUAAUCUUUAGUUUGAGUUUUUUCCCCAAGUGUACUUAAUCACCUUAGUGCCAGUUUAAUCCAGUUAUGCAGAAAAAAUUCAUAUUGGAUGUUUGAUGCACAACUCUGUGCCAUCCUACCCAAGGCCUUGCCUGGUGUACUUGGGAAGUGGGAAAGAGCCCUCAGUUGGAGGGAUCUGACCACCCCUGAUGGACGGAGGGGUGACCUUGGAUGUAUUAAAACCAUCACCCAUGAGAGGUUCAUGAACAGGGUUAAGUGGCCAGUUGUUUGCCAAGUUGAUAGAUGAGGAUACAUUAGAAAAUAGGACCUAAGUCAAACAAACGUACUUGAUAGUGAAUACAAAACAACAUGUGAUCGUAUGAAGGGUUUUCAAAGGUUGCCUGCAGAGGAGAAUAUUGCUUAAUAGUACUCAGUGGAAAAAAAGUUGCAUUUAGAACCCAAACAAAAACUUCCAGAUCUAAUUACUUGAAGGAAGGUUACCUUUGGGCAGUAUAUUAGUUUUCUAAUGCUGUGUAACAAAUUACCCCAAAUUUAGCUGCUUAAAGCAAGACUCAUUUCUUAGCUUACAGUUCUGUAGCUCAUGAGUCCAGCACAGUAUGGCUGGAUUCUCUGCUCAGGGUCUCACAAGUCUCUCUCUCACAGAAAUCAAGGGUCAGCAGGGCGGCUUUUCUUUAUGGAGGCUCUGGGGAAGAGUUGUUGGCAGUAUUCAGCUCUUGCUGGCUGCCAGCCGGGGUCCUCUCUCUCAGCUUCUUAAGGCUGCUCGCGUUCCUUCUUGUGUGCUUCCCUCCAUCUUCAAACCAGCAGUGGUCUGUCAAGGCCUUUUCAUGCUUCAGGUCUCUCUGCCUUCCUCCUCUGUUUUAAGGUUCGUGUGAGUAGAUCAAGCCCAGUGAGAUAGUCUCCCUAUAUUAAGGUCAGCCAUGCCACAGAACAUAAUCACAGAAGUGAUAUCAUAUUUACAGGUUCCUGGGAUUGGGGCAUGAAAUAGGGGGAGGGGCAUUUUAGAAUCGUGCCUCCCACAGGCGAUAACUUUGUCUUUUGCGCUGUGGGUAGAAUUUUAUGCUGAAAAGGUGGGCCCUCGAAGCCUUGUUUGUUUUCUCCAUGGAAAAGAAAAGCCCUCAGCUGCGGCAUUCAACUUACGUGUUUACUGAAUGGACUACAGAAAUAGCUUUUCUUCCUAAAGGGGAUUGUUCUGUAUUUUAAGUUAUUUUUUAAUAAAAUUGAAUUACGUUGUGUAUCGUGCUUCUUAAUAGAAAAUGCAUUAUUGGACUGUUUUGUAACAUCCUGUUUACUGCAAAUGAAACAUGAUAUAGCUGGUAUUGUUCAAAAACUGUAGAAAAUAAUUUUGUACAUAUUGGCAAUGUCUAUUUGUAUACACUUCAUUUAAAUUUCCCUAAAACUUGAAAGGGGAGCCUUGUAGAAAUUAAAAUAUAUACUUAGUCUAA